UUCGUACAUAUUUACAAUGUUAUUGUUACAACAUGUUAUUUCUUUAAUUUUUAGCAUUUUUAAUCACUCAAUAUCUAAAGAAACACUAAGAUUUUAAGAUCGCAGCGGAGGAGGCCAGCACCAGUUGAAAUGUAUUUUCGUGCUGUUUAGAACCACCGGGCUUCCGUACCGAGUUAGACAAUCGCUAGUAGCACAACCAACCGCAGCUCAGUUCCUUCAAGACGUAGAAAGAAGUACUUUUACUCAACUUCUCUUGCCACCGUUGUCUCUGCAGCACAGCUCUUUUCCCGUUACGUGAUGGCAUCGUCUGCAAUGAUCACUGUCCCCACCACCGCCUCCCGGUUCGCCCUGCUCCAGAUUGACUCAGAUUCGGACUCGGAAACCUCCGAGCCGGGGAAGUCCAACACCAAACGCGGGAGGGAUUCCUCCGGGAAGUCCAGACAGGGGAAAUCAGGAGCAACAACGGGAUCAGGGGGUAAAGGUGCUCAGGGUAGCGAGAAGAAGAAAGAUAAGAAAAAGAAGAAGAAGGAGCAGCAGCAGAGUGAGGCGAACGAGCUGCGUAAUCUGGCCUUCAAGAAGAUUCCCCAGAAGUCCUGUGCCCCUCCGCCCUGCAUGACGCUGUCAGGAAUAGCCAGCGAGCUCCUGAGCCCGGCGUCAGUGGACCACAGCUUACCUUCAGAGGGCUGGCAACAGUGGAAACAGAGAGACGAACAGAUAACCACAGAGCUGUAUGAGGCAGAUUUGGAAAAGGCCCUGAUUCUAAGUAAACUGGAGUAUGAACAACAUAAACAGAGCAACACAAACGUAGCUUCGCCAAAGUCACGAGGAGGAAAAGAGGGCGGCGGGAAGAAGGACAAAAAGAAAAAUCAGCAGGCGAAAGACAAAAAGACGGUUUCUCUGCAGGACUUCCAGGCUGAAGGCUCUGCUGAGCAAUUAAGUAGAAAACAAGAGGAAACCAAAGGGACAAAUGUAGCGCCAGGAAUCGGACAGGAGGAGCGUUUUUUUAACAAAGUAGAAGAUGAUGUGAGUCGGAUUAUCCAGAGGGAGAAAAGACUUGAGCAGUUUGUGAACAGCCCGGGUCAAGAAGUCAACACACCCACAGAACACGAACCGGAUCCCCGGGCAGAACAGCUGAAAUAUGAGCUGGAGAAAAAGGACCAGGAGAUUAAGAAACUGAAGAAGACCAUCUCAGAGUGGGAGGGAAAAUACAAAGAGGUGAAAGCAAGGAAUUCCCAACUUCUUAAGAUGCUCCAACAGGGGGAGAUGAAAGACAAAGCAGAGAUUCUUCUGCAGGUAGAAGAACUGUUGCACAUCAAAGAAGAACUGUCCUCACAGGUAACAUUAUUACAUGCUGCUCUUGAACAAGAAAGAUCAAAAGUUAAAGGGCUCCAAUCAGAGCAACCCAAACAUCAGGGAAACAAGAAAGGGAAGAAAGGCUCUGAAGUGGAUCAAUGAAGAUUUCUGAAGGAGGAAGAAAAAAUGAACAGAAAGAAGAAAAAUUAACAAAUUAAAAAUUAAGCGCUACUGAUUA